UAGCUGUUCACCAUCAACAUCUACAACAGGAGUAUCAGAAUCUAGAAACAUAGGACUAUUAACGCAGCCAAAGAUAACAGAGAUGUUCUUUUCACCAUCUGUAUCAGUUAAAAGACAAAAGCAAAUAACAGACAGUCUUGUAAAAUUUAUAGCCAAAGAUAUGCUACCACUCUCAACAGUGGAUGGUGUUGGAUUUGUUGAGUUUAUGAAUAAAAUAUCACCAAAUUAUGAAAUACCAAGUCGGUUUACAAUCAAAAAAAGAAUUCAAGGACUGUAUGAGACAAAAAAACAUAAAGUAGCCACUGAAAUACAGAAAAUAGACUCAAUAGCACUAACUACUGACUGUUGGACAAGUAAAGCUAUGGAAUCUUACAUAUCAGUUACUGCACAUGGCAUAACUAAAAACUGGAAAAUAGUCAAUUAUAUUAUUACAACUGAAUUAAUGGAUGAGCAGCAUACCAGCAUAAAUUUAAAAGACAAUAUAAAAGGCUUGGAAGAAAAUGAAAUAAAACAAAUACUAGUUACUGCAUCUAAAAUCGUUUCACAUUUCAAACACUCAACAGUAGCAAUCAAAGCACUCCAAGUAGUACAGAAAAAAUUAAAAAUGCCAGAAAAAAAAUUAAUUCAGUCUGUUAAAACUAGAUGGAAUUCAAUUUAUGCAAUAGUUGAACGACUUAUUGAGUCUCGACAAUGUAUAAGCAUAGUUUUAAAUGAUCGUAAUACCACUACUAGAACAACAGCAAUAUCACUGGAACUCAGCGAAAGUAAAUGGGAGCUAUUGGAACAGUUAGUAAAAGUGCUCAAGCCUUUCGAUCUUGUUACUAAAGUCUUGUCAUCUGCAACAACUCCAACAAUAUCAACUGUACAUCCUAUUUUAAAAAGCAUUGCCCAACACUAUUUGACUCCCAACGAAUCUGACCUACAUAAACUUAAAAUAUUAAAAGAAACAUUGUCACAAGAAUGUUUUGAUCAACAAAAUGAGCUUGAAAAAUAUUUAAGAGAAAAUUGUAUCAACAAAAAUGCUUGUCCAUUAACAUGGUGGGCUGAAAAUAGCAAAAGAUACCCAAUGAUUUCGAAACUUGCCAAAAAAUAUUUAUGUAUACCAUCAACAUCUACUCCGUCUAAAAGAGCUUUUUCCACUGCAGGAAACAUUAUAACUUCAAAAAGAAAUUGUCUGGCUGGUGAAACAGCUAAAUGGUUAAUAUUUCUUUCACAUAAUGCUAAAUUAUAA